AUGGGGUUGCUCCCCUUCAACCUCUUCCGGGCCCGGGAAACAAAGGCACCCAAACUACCAUUAUACAGGGAACUGCCUCCUUCCCGGGCGCGCAAACCUCGCACGCCUCGCACCUCUCGAUCUCCAGUCAAGGAGCGCUACUCGGAUUCCGAGGACGAAUCCGACGACUCCGAUGAUGGCAACACUACCGACUCAUCCACCUCGAGUUCCGGAAGCUCAAGACGAACAUCGUCCUCCACCUCUUCUGCGGCGGCACUCAUGUUGCCCAAGAAGCGGCCUGUGGUCGCCGCCCGCCGGAGGCCCAUCAGGAGAUAUCUCUACCGGUUGCCAAAUAAAGUCAUCCGGUACCUGUGCCUCGCUAUGAUCUCGACUAUUAUCAUAUUUAUGUUCGUCCUGAUCCGAGCUAGCCAGGUGGAAAACAAGAGGAUAGCAGAAGGCAAAGUUGUGAAGAAGCCUGUAGAACCGCCCCCAUGGGAGCAGUUCGAGUUCCUCACCAGAUAUUACGGUGGCGUCAAGUCCGUCAUUCCUCUGGCCGACAACGAACCGCAGUACCCGCGGCUCGAGGAGGAAGGGCCUUACAACGCAACCCAACCGCAGCAGCAGCAACAACAACAAGAACAACAAGAACAGCAACAGGAGCCAGGCAAGAGGGAACCUGAGCAUAAAAAACCCGCCAUUGAGAAGAAGGCGGUGCCGCCAAGCCAGGCGUUUGCCGACUACCCCGCGGCCGGUAUUCCAAAGAUUGCAGAUGGAAUCCACGAGUGCUUCUUGGAUGCUCACAACACGCUAAAGGCGCCCUCCAUCCGCUACCUGCAGGGCCGUCCCAACGGCUUCCCGGAUAACAUUCUCGGCUCCUAUGAGCUGCUCUCGCUCCCUGAGGACAUCUGCUUUGACCGCUUCGGCAGAUACGGGCCGUAUGGUUACGGCUAUUCCACCCGGACCGGCGGCCUCGGCUUGGGUGAACAUGGCGACCGGGAAGGCGCUGAUGCAGUCUGGGGGUCGACCAAGCAAGUUGAUUGGCGCAAUAUCGACUGGGCUGCUGUGCAACGGCAAUGCUACAAGGCCAAUGCCGAGCGGUUCAAGCCGCUGGUUGUGCGUGAUGCCCCUCCCCGCGGCUUCUUCAUCGGUGAGGGCCUGGAGACUUCUCGGCUCGCGGCCCGUGACUCUGCCGAGCAGGUCGAACAGGUUGAGCAGACUGAACAGUUUGUCCUCCGAAGCUGGGACGAGUUCAACUGGAGGGAAGAGGAACAUUGUCAACCUCAGAGCCUUGAUUUCAGAGUUGUCGCUUUUCUUCCGGCGGCCGCUAUGACGUUCAUCUUCUCGUCCAAGUGCGCAAUGACGGUAGAAAACCCCGUGUGGGCCGACGACGACGUCUACCGCAGCCGCAUCAACGAGACUAUCCCCGAGGAAUUCCGCGGAAUCGCCACUCUCUGGUCCGAGACCCAAAUGCUUGCCGUUUACCAGGGCGUUCGUGAUCUUUGGACUAGGGGUCCCGACCUACCCGUGCACGGCUCAUACCGUGGUUUGCAGAUGGCUAUGCAGCACUUUGCCUACAACCACCCUGAAUACGAGCACUUUUGGCAGUGGGAGAUGGACAUCCGCUACACAGGCCACUACCACGACCUUCUCUCCAAGAUGGAAUCAUGGGCCAAGGAGCAGCCGCGCAAGGGUCUCUGGGAGCGCAACUCGCGCUUCUACAUCCCCCACGUGCAUGGCAGCUGGGAGGACUUCAAGCAGAUGGCGCGCGUGCAGACAGAACAUGGGACCGUAAACGCCGACACCAUCUGGAACGGGAUCCCAGGUGCCAACAAACCCGGUGAGAAGCCCAACACCGGAGCCGGGGCAACCGAGCAAUCCGUGUGGGGCCCUCUCCGCCCGGUGUCCUCGUCCGACUGGUUCGAGCACGACGCCGACCCGCAGCCCCCCACGACCUACGAGCGCGACAAAUACACGUGGGGGGUGGGCGAAGAGGCCGACCUGCUCACGCUCUCGCCCAUCUUCGACCCGGACGGCACCUCGUGGAAGCUGGCCGACGACAUUACGGGUUACAACGAGACGGGUGGGAACGGCAAGCCGCCGCGGCGCGCGCAGAUCAUCACGGCCUCGCGCAUGUCGCGCCGCCUGCUGGUCACCAUGCACCGCGAGACCGCCUUCCGCAAGCACCACGCCUUCCCGGAGAUGUGGCCCGCCACCGUCGCCCUGCACCACGGCCUCAAGGCCGUCUUCGCGCCCCACCCGGUCUUUGUUGACCGCGCCUGGCCCCCGGACUACAUGGCGCGCGUGCUCAACGGCGGGCGCAACGGCGCCUCGGGCGGCGGCCGCGCGUCGGUGUACGGCGACCGCGAGCACAACAUGCGCGGCCUGACGUGGUUCUACAACGCCGGCUUCUCGGGCAACCUGUACCGCCGCUGGAUGGGCCUGCGCGUCAACAAUGAUGGCGGCGAGGAGUUUGAGAUGACCGCUGAUAUGAGUGCCAAUGACACGACCGUUGGCACCAUGCGCGGUGGUGAGGGCCGCAUGUGCCUGCCGCCUAUGCUGCUGCAUCCUGUGAAGGACGUCGAGCUGCCCGUGCAGCGCCAGCAGGCGCCGCUGGCGGUGCCGGAGUGGGAUCCUGCUGCUUAA